AAAAAAAGAAUUUUUUCUAUAGUUAUGAGUGUAAAUAUUUUAAACAAAAAAAGAAAAAACCCUGUAUUGUGCGUAUGUUCUUAGUUACACUAUUACGGUAUACAUUUUAAGUACUUGGGGAUUUUUAAUUAUUUCAAUGUUUACGUGAAAUAAUGAAUCAAAGCAUUUCAUCAACGGCUUUUGUAGCUAGCGCUGAAAUAGCUAAAACAACUACAAUCACUAGUGACGGAAUCGUAAAAGGUACAUUAUACAUUUUGCUGAUCUUGUUUGUUGUGUUUAUUAACGUCAUGGUUAUGCUGUCUUAUUGCAUCAGAGAAAAAUCAAAACGAAGUAUACCUGAGGUUUUUAUUUUAAAUUUAGCCGUUUCUUCCUUGCUUACGUGUGCGUCGGUAAUACUUAUAGUUGCUUAUAUUCGGAUGGUAAAUCUAGAAAAACGAGAAGAAGACUUUUUUUGUAAAGUUCAGUGUUUUUUUGGAACAUUGCUUAGGUUAACUGAUGUUGGAACGACAACAGGAGUUGCUGUGGACCGUUUCAUUGCUGUUUAUAAACCGAUAACUUACCGUACGCGAGUUAAGCUAAAACAUGGGUAUAUACUCAGUGGAAUCUUGUGGUUAAUAUGCAUUACAAUAGCUGCACUACCUUUUUUAGGAAUUGGCGGUGUAGAUAGAGGCUUGCUAUCAAUAUGCACUGCAAACUGGAGAUCAGAAUUUACUUUAAUAGUACUUUCAGUAACAUACUCUCAGUUUAUUGUUGUUUUAGUGUGUUAUAUAGGUAUUUUUAACUGCAUUAAAGGUUUCAUUGGACGUAAAAAAGCAAUGAUAAAAUCUCAAAUCACUAGUUACAGCCCUCAAAUUACAAAGAUUGUAGAAAUCAAUGAAAAUCCACGAAGAGAUCUUAUAAAUAUUGUUAAAAACUCAUUCGUAGUUAGUAAUGAACCAAACCACCUUCAAAUAACUUCAAGUGAAACUAUAUUGGGUACGGAUGAAAUAACUGUUGAUGAAACAACCUUUAAUGAACCCAAUGAAACAACAGCAGAAGAAGUAAUACAAGAAAAUAUAAAAAAAAAUAUAGUUACAUCAACAUCUCAUAAAGUCAAUAGAGUAUCUUGGUUAGGUAAAGUAAAAAAAGAUCUUGUACCUGAUAUUAAUGAGCUAAAAAUUAAUCUUAAAAACUCAAAUAUUAUUGAAGACGAGUCUAUUCUACGUGUGAAUUUAAGAAAAAAAAGUAAAAGGAUUUAUAAAGUAAAAAAGUUAAAAAGGUUUAGUGCAAUCAUGGCGGACAGAUGGAAUGCUGUAAAGAUACGUAAAAGAACAUCAAAUAUAAAACAUAUAAAAGAAAGUCAACGUUUUGCGAAAGUGAUGGGAAUCAUUGUUUUGAUAUUUUAUCUAUCAUGGAUGCCACUAGCAAUUUCGAUAAACGUUGUUUACACAGAUGCGCUUUCAAAUGAGAAAGAACACGAUUUAUUGCAAAUAGGAUACAACAUAAGUAUGUUUAGCUCAAUCGGCGUUCCCAUCGCUUUCCCUGUAAUGUGCAAACCUUAUCUUAUUGGUUAUAAACGGAUUUUAUCAUGGCUUUGUAGAAAAAAAAAAUGCAAAUGAGUAUUGCAAUCACAGCGGCUAUAAAAACGAACCCGUAAAAUGAAGUCAAGAUUUUUGCAACAACACGUCUUGAUAAAGCAAGUCAAUCUUUUCUAAUUUAAAUUAUAUAAAAGACUGGAUGGAUAACUCGAAGAAUUCAAGCCAUGAAAAGAAGUGCAAAAUUCGCAACUUUUAAAUAUAGAGAUAUAAUCUAAAUAACGACCAAAAAGAUGGGUUUUUACAAAUACCGAAAAACAAGAAAUGAAUAAAUAGUUA